AUGAGUCAUCGUUAUUUUCAUAAUAAUUUCGAAAAAAUCGGUUCCGCCUUCCCCCAUUUUUUUGCCAAGUAUAAAUAUUUGCUCUCUAAAUAUUUUUUUAAACAAAGUUAGUAUAAAUAGACCUAGCUACUUACUUUUUUCGCUAAGUUAUCCUAACUCAACUCAAAAAUGUUGAAAAUUUUUGCAGUUUUCCUUUUGGCUACAAUUCCCUUGGCUCACGCGUUAUUCGGAGUUUUGGGCUCGAAGCAAAGUGUUACGGUGACUGGAAGGUUGAUUUGUAAUGGACAACCGGCUUCUGGAGUGCUGGUGAAGAUGUAUGAGGAUGGAACUAGUGAGUUAGCUUAACUACCUUAAGGUAUUAGGGAGGUUAGAGAAGCUUUUGAAUUUUUAAAUUCAAAAAAAUCCACGUAUGGCCUAAGUUUAUGAGCCCAAGCCUAAAAGCCCCCUGAAAAAAUCCUAAUGUUUUCAGUCUAUGAUUCAAAACUCGACUCGGUCAAAACCGGCGCCGACGGAACAUUCCGCAUCUCCGGAACCCAAACAAAAAUCCGCACAAUCGACCCAAAAAUCAACAUCUAUCACAAAUGCAACUACAACGGGUUGUGCUCGAAAAAAGUGGCGAUAAAUGUGCCGAAAUCGGCGGUGCAAAGUGGCUCGAGCUCAUCGCAGAACUACGAUAUCGGAACGCUGAAUUUGGCGAAUCGAUUCAGCGGUGAAUCGGUGGAUUGUAUUCAUUAA